GUGCGAGUGCUGUUGGUGGUAGUGGUGGCUACAGGCCAUGAGCAUAUGGAAACCGGGCAUGAAUCGAGCCAGUUGAGCCAGCAGAUCCCUGAGCUCGAACCCCGAGCGCCGGCAGUUAGCGCAGUGGCCUCGAAGCUGUAACAACAUCUCGCGUCCGCUCGCCACGAGACCAGAAUCUCCCGAGAAUCGCGAUACUGGAAACGUGUUAUCGCGUGUUAUUAUUGAUAAGGUUCUGCGACGAGUGUAUAUACUAUACUAUAUCCCCUGCCAAAAGCCCGCUUUCGCAUUCGCAUUCGCACUCGCACUCGCAUUUGCCGUCGGCCGAAGUGAACUGUUUGAGGAAUGUGCUAAUCGAAGGCGAAAAAUGUUGCAAACGCCUGCGAAUUGAUCCGCACCUCGGAUAUACGAAUUUAUAGUACACCGGUUAUUAAUAGCUGGCGAAGAAUAAUAUUGUAUAAUAGCAUCGCAUGCAGACGGCGGCUUCCGUGGGGCGCUUGACAAACUGAUCAAGUCGUCGUCGCCAUCCUCUAUAUCUCCCAACUCUGGCUGCGAUCGGGUUCCAUUCCCAGGCUAAAGCUGGCGACAGAUUUUCGUGCAAAAGACUUGGAUUAAAAACCGCCAAAAUUGUGGAGGCAAUUAAAAUGAAGACUGAGCUGCGUUCCUGCGCAGCGUGUGGGGAGCCCAUCUCGGAUCGGUUUUUCCUGGAGGUGGGCGGCUGCUCCUGGCACGCCCACUGCCUCCGCUGCUGCAUGUGCAUGUGUCCCCUGGACCGCCAGCAGUCCUGUUUCAUCCGGGAGCGGCAGGUCUACUGCAAGGCCGACUACAGCAAAAAUUUCGGCGCCAAGUGCGCGAAGUGCUGUCGCGGCAUCUCCGCCUCGGAUUGGGUGCGGCGGGCGCGGGAGCUGGUGUUCCACCUGGCCUGCUUCGCCUGCGACCAGUGCGGCAGGCAGCUGUCCACCGGGGAGCAGUUCGCCCUCAUGGACGACCGGGUGCUCUGCAAGGCUCAUUAUCUGGAGACGGUCGAGGGAGGCACCACAUCGAGCGACGAGGGCUGUGAUGGCGAUGGCUACCACAAGAGCAAGACGAAACGGGUGCGCACCACCUUCACCGAGGAGCAGUUGCAAGUGCUGCAGGCCAACUUCCAGAUUGACAGUAAUCCGGAUGGCCAGGAUCUGGAGCGGAUCGCCUCGGUGACCGGUCUCAGCAAGCGUGUGACGCAAGUGUGGUUCCAGAACUCGCGGGCGCGUCAGAAAAAACACAUACAUGCUGGUAAGAAUAAAAUUCGCGAACCGGAAGGAAGCUCAUUUGCGCGUCAUAUUAACCUGCAGUUAACGUAUUCAUUUCAGAAUAACGCUCAGAACCCAAUGCAUUUGAACGGCUCUAAAGCGGGUCUAUACCCGACCCAUGAAUCCUCCAUGGAUGAAUUGUCGCAGGACUCGAGUGUGCACUGUAUGCCCAGCGAGGUGUGACUAGAGCAAUCCUCGCCAGCGAGAGCCCACCGCUAGCUGGCAGUCCACAAAAACGUCCUUUCCUAGUCAAAAUUAUAUGUAAAUCGUCCACGAAGCAGAAAACCACACAAGCAUUCUCAAUCGAAGAAAAGCGAUCCGGAAACACACACGAAAAUUCAACCAGAAAGCAGCAACCCAGUUCUUAGGCUUUGAGCAACCCAAGCGAACCACAGUGAAAUCUCAUCGAAAAAGACACAGCACACAGCACAAAACAAAAGAAACAGACAAACAAACAUUCCUGCAUUGUAGUGUAAGAGCCUAGUUAAUUUAAUUUAAAUGAAAUUUAAAUUUACUUAGUUUAAUGUUCGGUAAUCGAUAAGUGUUCCCUCAUUCAACUCGAAGAUUGAUGCUGCUUGCCAAGGCUCCUGUAAUAUAUUUAUGCGUACGCCUAACCAACCAUUGUCGUAUACCUACCAUGAGAAACGUUGUUAUUGUUUAUUUUCUUGUUUUUUAAAUGUAUAAAAAUCGAUAUAAAUACAUGUAUAAUUAGAUCCAUAGAUCCAUAGUGUCCCUAACAUAGCUGGCCAGGCAACUUGUAAAUAGUAAUGAUAGCCGAAAUUGAUACGAUAAGCAAAGCAGAAAACAGUAAGAGACGCCACUCCACAGCUAAAAACUAGCAUUUAGUUAACACAAAUUAUAAAAUACAAUUAAAAAUGAACCGAAAUCAAUUAAAAAAGAAAACAAAUUAAAG